AUGUCCGAAAUAAAAAUAAGUUCUACAGGCUGCUUAGCUAUGUACUUGGAGAACGAUAAUGUACUUGUGUUUGAUUUAAAUGAUACGAGUUUAUGUCAAUGUCUUGAAGCUGAAUCGGUUAUUGAUGAUAAUAGUAAUGAUCUUCAUCGUAAUCAGAUAAAAUUUAGUCCAAAUGGACAAUUCUUAAUUAUAAAUCGACCAAAUAAACAUUUGUAUAUAUAUAUUCAAUCAGAUUAUGAUAAAUUUGGAGAUUCUUGGCUAUUAAAACAAAUCGUACGUGUUGAAAAUUCUAUUUCGGCUUUAACUUUAACCGAUGAAAUUUUACUUAUUGGAGAUAGAAUCGGUGACAUUUAUAAAUUUGAUUUAUUAUUUAAUAGUAACAAUGAAGAUCUGAUUUUAGCAGCAGAAAAUAAUCGUAUUAUAAGAAAUUCAUCGAUGUUAUUGGACAUUAUUUUCUUUCGUAUGAGUAAUAAGCAAUCAUUUAUAAUAACAGCUGACCGAGAGAAUAAAAUUUGUCUAAAUAAUUAUCCGAAUAAUUCUGACAAUCAAAAUUAUUGUUUUGGACAUAAUCAAUUUGUAUCUCAUAUAAAAUUAAUUGAUAACGAUCGUCUUUUGUCAGCAUCCGGUGAUGGUACACUCCGUCUAUGGCAUCUUCCUGAUUGUAUGCCACUUGCUUUUGUACAUUCAAGAGCGCUUACUUUGCAACCCAAACAAGUUUUUUUUACUGGAUUGUGUGCAUUCAGAAAUUCGGCAUCGCUCGCAGCUUAUCAAAAAGAUGUUGUGCCUAAAUGUAUAGAAAUUUCAUCAUCAACAGUCAACGAUUCUAUUUGGAAAAUGGAUGUUGCUUGUUCGAAUCCGCUAAAUUCAAAUGUUUACAUUGCUUUUUCUACUUACGCUCAUCAGUAUCAUUCAAUUUAUUUAUCAAGUCUUUCAAAUAUGAAACGGAUAAACAAUGAACAACGAGAACUAACUUUUGAUUCAAGUUAUGGAGAAAUUAUUGACUAUUGUUUUCCGGCACAAAAAACGUCGUUGAACGAUUAUACAACCCAUGAGAAAUGUUUUUUAUACGUUCUAUUCAAUAGUAAUGUAUUGGUUCAAGUUGAUAUUCCGUCAAUAUUGUCUUAUAAUCAAACAGCAUUAUCUGUACAAACAAAUGAUAGGAUUCAAGAAAUUAAUUAUAUCCUAGCAAAUCACGAAUUCAAUUUAGUUCACAAUAAAAUUAAAAAAGAUGCGUUUACAUUUAAAGAAUUAUUUGAAAAUUCUACCGAUUCAAACAAUGACUGCCACCUAAAACGUAAAUCCGAAACAGUUGAAGAACAAGAAAAUAGAAAAAAACAAGCAUUGUCGUAA